AUGUGGAGUGGAUGUCCCGAGCUCUCCACACCCAUCGCCUUCCACGAUUCCCUGCAGAGACACGCAAUUGCCGAUAGGAGCGCUGGUAUACACCCAGACGGUGACGCAGAUAACAAGGAGGACGCCUAUCAAAUAGAGCGCAUGAACAAACUUUUGAGAUAUUAUAUCCUCAUUGACGAGUUUCAAAAGAGGCUAGAGGUUGUUACCAAGGAGAGAGAUGCCUAUAUCUCGUACUUGAAAGAACUUCAAACAGAGGAACCCAGCGACGACGAUGUUAAAUUGCAACAAGAUGCCCUGAAGAGAGCUGAGAUGGACGAAUCCCAAGCCAUGGAAGAGCUUUUAAGGCUUGAAAGAGACAAGGAGCUUGUUGAUGAGGAGAUUCGUACUCUCGAGGAGGAGAUAGUAGCACUCGACGUCGAGGAAGAGCAUUUCUGGCGCGAUCGGAAUGAGUUUGCCCUUAGGCUCUCCGAAUUCCAGAAUCAGCGUGACAGCGUCAACUCUCGGUUUGACCAUGACUCACAACUCCUAGAGAGAUUGCAGCGCUCUAAUGUCUACAAUGACACCUUUUGCAUUAGCCAUGAUGGAACGUUUGCAACGAUCAACGGCCUUCGCCUUGGCCGCCUUUCCAGCAAGCCUGUGGAUUGGCCUGAGAUUAACGCUGCAUGGGGCCAUGCCUUACUACUUCUCGUGACUGUUGCCGAGAAACUGGAUUUCAAAUUUUCAGUACUCGAGCCCGCCAUGAAUGAUGCGUCGGAUGCUUUGGGUAUCCCCUUGCCGUUCAUCCGAAUCUAUAUCGGCUCUUUCCAUCUCGCCAUUUCGGGAUGCUCAAAGUUUGCGUUUUGGAUGUACGGCGAUUCAGUCGCGGCCGCCAAGGCCAACCGAAGGUACAAGUGA